AUGUUUUCAUAUAAUCUCAACAGGAUUAGUAUCAAUACAAAAAAAUUAAUUACAAGAUGUUUAUCAUCAAUUCAAAACAACAAUACAGCUACUACUUCCUUUAAUAAAUUUUUUAAAACACAUCAAUUCAUUGUUGGUAAAGAUGAAGCUGAUAUGAGACUCGAUCAUUUUCUUCAUUACCAAACUGGCUUACCAACCUCUGUCAUUCAAAAAAAAAUAAGAAAAAACGAAGUUAAAUUAAAUGUCAAUAAUUCAAAUGAUGAUGAUGAUAGUAAUGUUAUUUUGGUUGAUGAUUUUUCUAUAAAUAAUGAUAAUGAAUUGAUAAUUGAAAAUCAAUCAAUUGUCAAAACUACAACAAAGAAAAAAGAUAAGUCAAUUCCAAAACAUGCUCUUAAAGUUAAGAUUGGUGACAUUGUUACAAUAAGAAGCCCUGACUUUGAUUUUGACAUUAAAAGGAUCAGAUCAAUGAUUUUAUAUCAAGAUGAUGAAAUUAUGGUUGUAAAUAAACCUUCUGGCAUUGCAACUCAAGGUGGACCCAAAAUAAGAAAUCAUAUAGAUGGGCUAUUAAAUGUAUUGCAAUUUGAACACCCUGAGCCUCCUCGUUUGGUUCAUAGGUUAGACAAGAAUACAACUGGUGCAUUGAUUCUUGGUAGAACAAGAUCUGCUGCUGGAAAAUUAUCAUUCAUGUUUCGUGAAAGUACCAUAGAGAAGAUUGUAAAAGCUCCAAUUGUUUAUGGUGGUAAACCUCCUUUUGAAAAAGUUCUUUGUAUUACAGAUGAGUCCUCACCAUUAUUGGAAAAAUCAAGACCCUCAUUCACAGAAUAUCAGGUUUUGGCUGGUAUAGGAAAUCAUUCUUUACUUAGAUUGUUUCCACAAACUGGUAGAAAACAUCAACUAAGAGUCCAUUCACCAAUUUUGGGUGAUUCAAAAUAUGGCUAUAUUUCUAAAAGUCACCAUGAUAAAAAAGAUGAUGAUGAAAAAUCUGGACCAAUGUAUUUACAUUUAAGCAAAGUAAUAAUUAGGAAUUGGAGAACAUCAGAGGGUAAAAUACUUUCUAAACCAAUAGAAGUGUUUUGUCCAUUACCCAAUUAUUUCAACAAAAAAUGCGAAGAUUUAUUUUCUUUUUCUGGUGAUUAUUUUGAUCAAGAUCAUUACUAA